AUGAACCAUCAUCGUCAUCGAUACCGUCUUGGGCAGACCCCAAUUCGGACGAACCGCCGCCGUGAGCUACGGGAGAAGCCACCAAAGCGACGACCGGCGAGGAAGAAUUUAAGAUCCCCUUCUUCGCUUAUCUCCUCGCCUCCGCAAUCACUGCAAUCGCCGCCAUUGGGUCGGUGUUCGAGUACGUGA